CCUCCACAAAUAGGUUACAAUAUAACGACUUGAGUUAUUUGCUACAUGUUUACAUAGGAAUUGACGGUGUUAUGGAUCCAUUUGUCUGCAAUGCAACGUAGCCUACAACAUCUCUCUUUAGAAAUACAGGAACAGCUUACUAUGCUGAAGAGUGACGACGCCUGCGUAGCAUGCAAGAAUAUCCCCAAGAAAUGUUUGAGAACAUGUGGCCUAAAACAAUAUUGGUGGUUGCAUGCAGGUUGCAUGUAAGAUCUGAAGUGAAAUGGGUCGCGAUGGUCUGUCAUUUUUAAAAAGUGGGUCCCCAGAAAAAAGUUUGGGAAACACUGUUCUAGGCUAUAGCGGCGCCUAACUGACAGUUACUCUGAUCGAAAGUGAAAGGUUGUAGUUAUCGCCAUUUCAGUGUUCGCGAAGACGGGUGUAGCCGACAGGCUUUGUUAGAGACGUCUUGGAAAAUUUACAUGUUAAAGGACCUAUUUCGUGAUCAAAUAAACAAAGAUGUCCAUCUCCGGCGCCCAGCUUGGGCAGUGAUGACUCCAUGGGUGAUCGUCCCGAAUUCAGCGGUGAAUCACCACCAUCUGAAUCAGAAUCAAAUAAACCAAGAUCUCCAUCUCCGGCGCCCAGCUUGGACAGUGAUGACUCCAAGGAUGGCCCUCCCGACUUCAGUGGUGAAUCACCAUCCUCUGAAUCAGAAUCAAAUAAACAAAGAUCUCCAUCUCCGGCGCCCAGCUUGGACAGUGAUGACUCCAAGGAUGGCCCUCCCGACUUCAGUGGUGAAUCACCAUCUGAAUCGGAAUCAAAUGAACAAAGAUGUCCAUCUCCGGCGCCCAGCUUGGACAGUGAUGACUCCAAGGAUGGCCCUCCCGACUUCAGUGGUGAAUCACCAUCCUCUGAAUCAGAUGUUGAGACUCGUUUGACAGAGCACAAGACACAUGAAAUUGAACAGAAACCACAAGUAUCACCAGCAAAAGUCAGUUCACUUCAAUGGAGCAAAUCAGGUAUUGCAUGGAUGGUGCCGAUUGUUUUGGCUGUCCUGGUGGCACUCUAUGCCGGAUUUUACCACCAUUCUGAAGAGCUGCCUUUGGCUACAGUGACUGUAGAGCCCCAGAGUCCUGUGUUCAUUGGAGAGACGGUCACUCUGAAGUGUGUGAUAGAGUCUCUCAGUGGCUGGACAUACAAGUGGUAUAAGGGGUCCAGCAGAACCCCAGUGUCUGAGGGAAACACCUUCUCCAUCAUUGGAGCUACUGAGUUUCAUAAGGGCCAGUACUGGUGUCAGGGGGAGAGGAGAGACAGACCCACUGCAUCACAACCAAGUGGGAAAACAACUCUUGAUAUCAAAGAGCUGCCUUUGGCUACACUGACUGUAGAGCCCCAGAGUCCUGUGUUCAUUGGAGAGACGGUCACUCUGAAGUGUGUGAUAGAGUCUCUCAGUGGCUGGACAUACAAGUGGUAUAAGGGGUCCAGCAGAAGCCCAGUGUCUGAAGGAAACACCUUCACCAUCAUAGCAGCUGCUGAGUUUCACAAGGGCCAGUACUGGUGUCAGGGGGAGAGGAGAGACAGACCCACAUCAUCACAACCAAGCGGGAUAUUAGCUCUUGAUGUCAAAGAGCGGGAGAUUAACAUUGAAAUCAGCCUGCAACAGCCCUUUAUCCCAGAGCUGGCAAAUACCUCCUCACCAAGGUUUAAGAGCUUGGCUGCAGAUGUUUCAACAGUGCUAAAUAAAAUGUACUCUGAAAAGUUUGGAUCCCAAUUUCUUGGCACACACAUCAAUAGUAUCAGACCAGGAUCGGUUGUUGUGGAUUUUGUCCUGUUAUUCAAGAACAUUUUUCUGGACACUAAAAAUGUGACAUCCAUUCUGAAAGAAGCCGUUGCUGAAAAUCGUCCAGAUGUGUCUGUGCUUCCCAUCAUGCUCAACAGUAUAGUUCAUAAACCUUGGCCUUUGGCUACACUGACUGUAGAGCCCCAGAGUCCUGUGUUCACUGGAGAGACGGUCACUCUGAAGUGUGUGAUAGAGUCUCUCAGUAACUGGACAUAUAAGUGGUAUGAGGGGUCCAGCAGAACCACAGUGUCUGAGGGAAACACCUUCACAAUCAUUGGAGCUACUGAGUCUCAUAAGGGCCAGUACUGGUGUCGGGGGGAGAGGAAAGACAGACCCACAUUAUCACAACCCAGCAGAGUGUUAACUCUUGAUGUCAAAGAGCUGCCUUUAGCUACGCUGACUGUAGAGCCCCAGAGUCCUGUGUUCACUGGAGAGACGGUCACUCUGAAGUGUGUGAUAGAGUCUCUCAGUGGCUGGACAUACAAGUGGUAUAAGGGGUCCAGCAGAACCCCAGUGUCUGAGGGAAACACCUUCACCAUCAUUGGAGCUGCUGCAUCUCACAAGGGCCAGUACUGGUGUCAGGGGGAGAGGAGAGACAGAUCCAUAGCAUCACAACCAAGCGGGACAAUAACUCUUGAUGUCAAAGAGCUGCCUUUGGCUACGCUGACUGUAGAGCCCCAGAGUCCUGUGUUCACUGGAGAGACGGUCACUCUGAAGUGUGUGAUAGAGUCUCUCAGUAACUGGACAUAUAAGUGGUAUGAGGGGUCCAGCAGAACCCCAGUGUCUGAGGGAAACACCUUCACCAUCAUAGCAGCUGCUGAGUUUCACAAGGGCCAGUACUGGUGUCAGGGGGAGAGGAGAGACAGACCCACUGCAUCACAACCAAGUGGGAAAACAACUCUUGAUGUCAAAGAGCUGCCUUUGGCUACACUGACUGUAGAGCCCCAGAGUCCUGUGUUCACUGGAGAGACGGUCACUCUGAAGUGUGUGAUAGAGUCUCUCAGUGACUGGACAUACAAGUGGUAUAAGGGGUCCAGCAGAACCCCAGUGUCUGAGGGAAACACCUUCACCAUCAUUGGAGCUGCUGCAUCUCACAAGGGCCAGUACUGGUGUCAGGGGGAGAGGAGAGACAGACCCACAUCCUCACAACCAAGCGGGAAAACAACUCUUGAUGUCAAAGAGCUGCCUUUGGCUACGCUGACUGUAGAGCCCCAGAGUCCUGUGUUCACUGGAGAGACGGUCACUCUGAAGUGUGUGAUAGAGUCUCUCAGUGACUGGACAUACAAGUGGUAUAAGGAGCCCAGCAGAACCCCAGUGUCUGAGGGAAACACCUUCACCAUCAUUGGAGCUGCUGCAUCUCACAAGGGCCAGUACUGGUGUCAGGGGGAGAGGAGAGACAGAUCCAUAGCAUCACAACCAAGCGGGACAAUAACUCUUGAUGUCAAAGAGCUGCCUUUGGCUACACUGACUGUAGAGCCCCAGAGUCCUGUGUUCACUGGAGAGACGGUCACUCUGAAGUGUGUGAUAGAGUCUCUCAGUGACUGGACAUACAAGUGGUAUAAGGGGUCCAGCAGAACCCCAGUGUCUGAGGGAAACACCUUCACAAUCAAUGGAGCUACUGAGUCUCAUAAGGGCCAGUACUGGUGUCAGGGGGAGAGGAGAGACAGACCCACUGCAUCACAACCAAGUGGGAAAACAACUCUUGAUGUCAAAGAGCUGCCUUUGGCUACGCUGACUGUAGAGCCCCAGAGUCCUGUGUUCACUGGAGAGACGGUCACUCUGAAGUGUGUGAUAGAGUCUCUCAGUGGCUGGACAUACAAGUGGUAUAAGGGGUCCAGCAGAACCCCAGUGUCUGAGGGAAACACCUUCACCAUCAUUGGAGCUGCUGCAUCUCACAAGGGCCAGUACUGGUGUCAGGGGGAGAGGAGAGACAGACCCACAUCAUCACAACCAAGCGGGAAAACAACUCUUGAUGUCAAAGACCCUGCUGAUAUUGUCUUCUUAAUGGAUGGAUCUGGGAGUGUCAAAGCAAAGCAGUUCUUGGUCAUGAAAACGUUUGUGAAAAAUGUGACCAGAAGUCUCCUGAAGUUUAACACCGCAUUUGCCUUUGCACAGUACUCCAAAGCAACCAGCAUCCAUGUGGCCUUUCAUCAGUUUCAGAGAACAGGAUGGGAAAAUCAGUUGGACAGUAUCAAGCAGAGAGGAGAUGGACCCACAUAUACUGCAGAUGCUGUCCGGACCGUUGUGAAAGACCUGUUUGACUCUUCUGCUGGAGCAAGACCUGAUGCCCAUAGAAUCCUCAUUGUCCUCACAGAUGGGGAAUCUUUCGACGCUUCAAGCUAUCCCAGUGUCAUGGCACUGGCUGAUGAAAAACAUAUUACUAGAUAUGCUAUUGGGAUUGGAAGUGCCUUCAACAGUAAGUCAGCACAAGAUGAGCUCAGGAGAAUCGCAUCUUCACCAGACCAUGUGUUUAGAGUGGACGACGUUGAGGCACUGAACAACAUCAUCAGCAGACUGGAGAAGAGCAUCCAGAUGUCUGUGAGCUCACACUGGACCCAAACAUAGCAGACAGAUAUCUCUCUCUCUCUCUGAGGGGAACAGAAAGGUGACACCUGUCAGUGAGGAGCAGUCAUAUCCUGACCACCCAGAGCGAUUUGAAUGGCAGCAGGUGUUGUGUAGAGAGGGGUCUGUCUGAACUCGGCUACUGGGAGGCUGAGUGGAAUGGGAAUGGAGCUCAUAUAGCUGUGGCCUAUAAAAGCAUCAAGCGGAAAGGGCAAGGUCAUGAUCCUGGAUAUAAUGCCAAGUCCUGGAGUCUGGUUUCAUCACAGUUAUUCUGCCAGACACAAUAAUACAGAGACUGCCAUAAUAUUUGCCCCCUCCCCAUAUAUCAGAUACACCGAUGUGACUGGUGCCCCAUGAUACAAGGGACAUAUGUAAUGAGCAUCAUUAUUCAUUGCCAGAGUGAGUCGCUGAGAAAAUUCAAAUUGUUCCCGUGAGAACUCUGGAUUUCCAGGGUAACUCCUCAGUGCUCCUGUGUCAGAUCAUAUGAGCAGUAUUUAUGUUACUCAUACAGUAUUGGCACAGCCACACAACAUGUUACACACACACACACUCAUGCUGCAGGAACUCCAGACACACACUCAUGUUCAUACACACAGUGUGAUGGUCUUAUGCUGUGUAAAAGUAUUCUGGCCAAAGACUUCUGAUAGUGUUCAAAAUGUUGAUAUUGGUUUCUCACUUGCAACACUGUUUAAAUUGUGGUCUAUAUGAACGUUAUAACAACAAUGCAACAGUGUAUUUUCCUGUUCUCCAUGAGGUUUAGUUAUUUGCAUACUUACUGCAUUGCUUAAAUUGUGGUCAAUAAGAAUGUUUUAGCAACAAUCCAUUAGUCUGCUCUCCAAGUGAUUCAUUUUUUUGCAUUUGUUUGACAAUUGUGUGCAAAUCUGGAGUGAGUAUGUUGAAUGAGGAGUUAGUGUAUAUAGUGUAAGAAUAAACACCACACACACACACACAUCUUGCAAUUGGCACAGAAAAAAAACCUGUAAGGCGAUAUUCGUGUAAGGUUCAUUCAUGUUUGGUUGUUUCCACGGAUCAUCCAAUGUUGCGGUUGGUAUAUAAGUUGACUACUCUCUACUUUGAAUAAAACAUGAAAAUGAACGCAA